AAAUAAACAAUUUUAUAGGAUGUAAUAAGCACGAGCCAAGUGAGUUCCCGAGUCUUGAGCCUCUUCCGUUCGGUAAUUCCUCCUGCUCUUAGCGUCACCCUCAGCCAUGUCCGGCUCAUCAAAUGCAAUGCCUCCUGAACCGCCUCUCACGAUAUUUCGGUGGGCCCAGACUUGGAACGCCCCCAACUAUAAUCCUGAAAGACGCGCUCCGCAACCUCCUGCGGAGAGAGUGGAGGUCGGCAAGAAUACUACCAAUAAAAGUUUUAAGAUGGAGGACAUUGCCAGGGGCAUUCUCGAGUGGGACAUAAACAUCGACACUAUCCGCGAGCUCGCCAGCAUCUUGGACGCUCCGUACGACUGGAACGCGUACGGGAAGGAGUUCAGGCCCAUGCGGGAGUUUUUUCCCGACAUAUUUCCGUCGCGCUUCAACAGAGAGGUGGUCCUAGCCAACCGGCUUGUCACUACGCUCUUCAAUGACCUCAGUCGGUGCCAGAACUACAUCAUCGCCCACCACGAGAGGGUCCCUACGUGGUACCCCUCGGACUUCAUACCUACCUUUACGGAGGUUGGCGCGACGUGUCUCCAGACGGAGACCUGGUCAAGCCCUCACCCGCCGGUCCCAGAUUGCGCAACGAUUGGCACAGAGGACAGGCCGCUGCAGGUCACCAACAGGCCUGCUACUCGCCUUCCCGGUGACGUGAAGUGUUCGUACAAGUUUCAGGCAUCCUGGAGGCAGUACACUGACCCGGUAAACCGGAGGGAAGGGGUGAAUAAGUCGCGGUCUGAGGGUACCCAGGCGAUGAAGGCGGAGUAUGAGAAGGUGAUGGCUCAGAUCAAUCACUACAUGGAAUUUCCAGGAGGCGUCGGAUUCGAGAGAGCUGCGAAGUAUGGUUACAUCAUUACCGACGAGGAGGUAGUAUUGGUGAGGCGAGCUCCUGUCAAUGUGCGCGAUGUACCAGGAGGAUCGUACACCCAACUGUACGCAUCGCGCGGCUUUCCCUUGAGAAGGGCGGAGAAGGGCCCUGUGCCGCGCACUUACAUCUCUGGCAUGCUCGCUGUAUUGUGGAUUCACAUACUGGUGGGCUGCACAGAUCCCAAGAAUUCCUAUGUGAUGCUGCGGCCAUAUUUCGUAGAAUAAUCAAGAAACAAUUGCGGUAAUGGUCGCCCUGUAAUAAUUCUGCACGUACAGUAGGCAAUGUAGACAAUUUAUCUCAGCCAUACUUACAUAAACCGUCUUGAAAUUCC